GAAUACUAAGCGCAGUCGAUGCUACCUACAGCCGGUCGUUAGACGCGUAAUAUGGCAUCAAAUAAAAUGAUUUAACACGUGAACUAAUUUCAACUUUCCACGUAAGAUUAUGUGUUAUGUGAUACGUCAUCAGUGCCAUCUUAAGCAUUUUCGAAAUAGUUACCAACGCAUUGUCCAGUGAAUAACAAUCCAGUGGCCAAUAAGUUCAAGGAUAAUUAGUGUCUUCUCCGUGUUCCGUUCUCCGUGCACAUAAAAUGGAGUCAGAAGGGACGAGCCUGAGUAAAGUGAGAGAGGCGAACUGGCCAGCGGUUCUGUUCUUCAUUCACAUCCACCUCCUUUCCUUUUAUGGUAUAUGGCUGGUUAUAUUCGAAGCUAAAUGGAUGACUCUAUUGUUAUUGGUAGUGCUAUCGUUGGUAGCAGUUCUGGGGGUGACGGCAGGCGCCCACCGACUCUGGGCCCACGGGGCGUACAAGGCCAGCACUGGGCUUCGAAUCGCGCUGAUGAUAUUCCAAACAUUGGCGGGUCAGGGCACAAUCUAUGACUGGGUGCAGUACCACCGUCUGCACCACGCCACGUUCGCAACAGACGCGGACCCGUUCGACUACCGGCGAGGCUUCGGGUACGCGCACGUCAUCGCGCGCCUGCGCAAGCUGAGCCCGCUCCAGGAGAAGCUCAAGAGUGAGAUCGACAUGUCGGAUCUUGACAAUGACCCUGUUGUGGUCUUCCAGAGCAAAGCAUACUGGAUCAUGUACGGGAUAUUGUUCGUGCUGCUGCCACUGAACGCUCCGCUCGAGUACUGGAAUGACUCCAUCCUGAGCGCAGUAUUCGUGAUCGGGUUCGUGCGGUACCUCGUCAUCCUACACGCCUCCUGGCUCGUGGAAAGCGGCAUCUGCGUUUGGGGACUCCAACCGGGGGAAAAAUGCCCACCAGAUUCCAACUGGCUGUUCAUACUAACCAAGACAUUCUGGCCUCACUACCACUACAUGAUGCCUUAUGACUACAAAUCAGACGAAUAUGGCACUUAUGAUUCCGGGUGCACCACAGCUUUCAUCCGGGUAUGGGCGGCCUUGAACCUGGCCACAGACUUGAAGACUAUAGACACACCGGUACUCCAAAAAGCUCUCGCUGAAGCAGCUAAGUCGAAACGUCCUAUCCAGACGUGUCUAGACGAAGCUGUGUCGAAACAGAGCCUUCCCGCGGGCCAUUAUCUACAACGAGGUUGAUGCUUGCUGAUACUUAGAUACAAUUAUUAAUAUCCAGUAAAGUAUAAACUAAA